AUAGCACAAUGGCCGACAAACCGAUGCCUGCUGAAAUAAGACAAGAUGUCUCGAAAGACAAUGAUCAAUGUAUCAGCAACACAGUUGAUCCCCGCGCUGAAAGCAAGUUAGUAUGGAAAUUCGACUUGCGCAUCCUGCCCGUGUUGGCUGUGAUGUAUUUGUUUAACAGUCUAGACAAGUCAAAUCUUGGAAAUUCAAAGACUGCAGGACUAGAAGAUACCCUCAACUUGAAAAACAACCAGUAUAACAUGAUACUUAGUAUCUUCUUUAUUCCAUAUGUUCUAACUUCCCCAUUUCUCGGUAUCCUGGGGAAGAAAUACGGUCCCAACAUCAUACUUCCAAGUAUGAUGUUUACAUUCGGCCUAUGUACCAUUCUGGUGGUUGCAGUCUUCAAUUUCAGUGGUCUUCUUGCUAUAAGAUGGUUUCUGGGUAUGGCUGAAAGUGCGUUCUUUCCCCUGGUUAUUUACUAUCAAACAACAUUUUACCGUCGUGGAGAACUCGCGCGUCGUCUUGCCAUAUUUUAUGCCGCGCAAAGCAUCGCUUCUGCAUUUUCAGGCCUUCUUGCUUUUGGGGUAUUUCAAAUCAAAACCGGAUCGCUGGCAGCAUGGCGGUACUUAUUCCUCAUUGAAGGAGGAGGUACAGUUCUCUGUGCAUUACUCGCAAUAUGGUAUUUACCAAAAUCAGCCUCUGAAGCCAAAUUUCUCUCUCCCGAGGAAAAGGAACUUGCAUAUCUCCGUCUACAACUUGACAGUUCCUCUGUUGUGAAUGAGGAAUUCAACAUCCGAGACGCUCUGCGAGUAUUCAAACAGCCAACUAGCUGGGCUAUCUUGGCCAUUCAGAUUUGUCUUGGUGUCCCAUUGCAAUCGGUUCAGCUCUUUCUACCGGAGAUUAUCUCACGGCUGGGAUAUGGGACUGUCAAGACGAAUUUGUAUACCGUUGCACCGAAUGUUUCUGGUGCUGUUGUACUAUUAAUUCUAGCCUUUUGCAGUGACUGGACGAGGUGGAGGUUUCCAUUCAUCGCGUUGGGCUUUCUCUUCACUUUUAUCGGCUUCGUCAUUUACUCUGCCAUCGAUGUAGAGGCUGACCUUGCUGUUGCUUAUUUUGCAUCUUUCAUCAUGACAUGGGGCACAUCCGCACCGUCCGUCCUGCUCGAUACAUGGUACAACAACAACAUUGCCAACGAAAGCCGUCGAAUGCUCCUGACCAGUAUCGCCGUCCCAAUGGCAAACCUGAUGGGUGUUGUCAGCUCGAAUAUAUUCCGCAAUCAAGAUGCACCAAAGUACCUGCCUGCCUUAAUCACAACCGCUGCCUUUGGGGGAACUGGAUUGUGUUUGACUUUCGCAUUGGGAGUAUGGAUGAUGUUUGAUAAUAAACGGAGAGAUAGGAGACAGGGGGUUAGUGUUAAGGCACAGGAUAUCCCAACAGAGAUGUUACGAGAAGGACCUGCGAGUGUGGAUUUUCGAUGGUGUUAUUGACCGGAAUGCUUCCUCUUUCCCUUUCUACAUAUAUUGCAUACUUCGGUUACCCGAUUAGGAAGUCCAUACUAUAGU